AUGGGCACCGUGUCGGAAGAAACACCCCCUCGACGCUCAGUAACCACGGCGCCUACGCCCACCUCGAUCGACUCCCUCGUGGAGGACGACUAUUACACCGCACCCCCGCCGCACUCGCCAUCGGAAGCGUCUGCUAGCUCCUCCGGAGGCCCGCCACCUUUCUCCUCCCUCGACUUCGUCUUCGACGACGACAAUCGGCCCAAGGUUACCGAGUCCGGGCCUGCUUUCCUCUCCGUAUUUGCGCCGCCGCCGCCCGUCGAGGACCAUAUCGAACCAGCUCCUUCGGCAACCGUUGUUGCAGACACUAAAGCGAGUUUCUCGGAUUCCAAGGGAGACGGGCUUGGGAAAAUUUCAGACGACGGAGAGCCGCCGCCACCUUAUACUGAAGGCUAUAGCCCACUCGAGUCAUUUAGCUACGUAAUGGCUGCAGCUGGAGGUGCUUCGAGCAUCAUUACCCAGGUCCAACAGACUGGAGGGCCACCAAUCAAUACUCUGGGAGACAUCGGAGGAGAUGAGCACAUCACUCUUGAUCUCCGGGGCACCCGCUUUACAUUGUCCCGCGAUGAGCUAUUAACCUUGCCGGAAUUCGUACUUCUCUCUCUCUUUCCAAAUGGUCUUCUGCCAGACGGCCACAUGGGCGGUUUUCACGAGGGGGAUGUCUACCCUGUCGAUUAUGAUCCUGCAUCACUUCAAUACAUGCUUGAUUUCUUCCGAUCCGUUGCUCAAUCAAUUCCAUCCUCUCUGCCUUCCGGCUCGACAUCUCCGGAACUAGACGUACCAGACGUGAUGCAAAACUCCGCUCGUGAUAUGCUUCAAGAUCGCGCUGGAAUUAUUGUUCUUCGUGAGGAUCUUGAUUUCUAUGUAAUUCCUCCACGGCCCGACAUUGGGCAUGAAGAAAUGCUCGAGGUCAAGCGGGCAGCUGGUCGAGCAUUAUUAAAACAGGAUGGCAUUUUCUCUGGCUUGCGCAAAAGCGAGGAAGUCGGCUCCACCGAGCAACAUCUGAUUGAAAUGUUGACUGCUGGUGGUUUUGAUAGAGAAGAUCAAUGGGGCCACCGAGCCCCAGAGCCUAACAAGGCCGUAAUCUGCAGUCUCGCAUUGGCCAAGCUCCGCACCGACAUUCGAGGAGAUCUAUCAAACAACAAUGCCGUUGGAAUGGCCCAAAAACUUCUGCUCUUCUGGAGGAAACCCGCCCGACGAUGCUGGUGGGAAGGUGUUGAGCUUGACGAUGUUGAAGGUGUCGAAGGAGAAGUGAAAGUUUGGAUUCGACGAGUCUGGACCCUAGAAAUGAGUGUCAUUGGACUCCGUUGA